GUUUGAUAAAGCGUUGGCAACGAGAUUAUGCUGGAAAAUAUAUAAAUCCCGACCAGGCCACAACUCGGCACAGUUCCAUUCCAGCCAUUCACUCAAGAGGCAAUCCAAUCACUCAAACAAAAGCGGUUUUUAAGAAUAACAAUGAACCACAAAGUCUUUCUAGUCCUAGCUUUGGCUCUAUCAGCCUGCCAAGCGCUGCCCUAUGUAUCCUACGAUGAUGUUGAUGACACGGAGGUCAUCGAGCUGCCUGGAAAUGGAGUCGAGGAGGCACCACCCACUGUCGGCAAGGACAUCAUCGAUCUGACACCAUUGGGAACGGCGCUCUUUGGCAAACCGGAUGAGCAGUUAACGGCGAAUCGUGUGGGCAACUUCAGUGCCGAUGCAGAUGAGAUGAAUCCUGAGGAGCUGGGCAGCUACCUGGAGGGUGACAUGCUGGUGCCGCAAACGGAUCUGAUCAUGAAGAACGGCCUGCCCACUCAGUCCUCCCGUUGGCCAAACGGUGUGGUGCCCUAUGAAAUCCGAGGCAGCUUCAAUGCCAGGGAUAUGGCCACAAUCGAGAAUGCCAUUGCUGAGUACCAUCGGCGGACGUGCAUUCGGUUUGUGAAGCGCAGCUCGGAGAGGGAUUACAUCUCCAUUCGCGGCGACAACUCCGGCUGCUGGUCCUCCGUCGGUCGAGUGGGCGGCAAGCAGGAGGUGAACCUGCAGUCGCCCGGCUGUCUCAGCCGUCCAGGAACCGCCAUGCACGAGCUGAUGCACGCCCUUGGCUUCCUCCACGAACAGAACCGCAUGGAGCGCGACGGCUAUGUGGCCAUCCAGUACAACAAUGUCCAGUCGUCGGCGAUGAACAACUUCGAAAAGGCCGCUCGCACGGAGGCCUUUGGGGUGCCCUACGACUAUGGCAGCGUGAUGCAUUAUUCCAAGAACGCCUUCUCCAUCAACGGACAGCCCACCAUUCUCGCCAUGCAAGCCAACAGCGCCGAGAAAAUGGGCCAGCGGAAUGGUUUCUCUGACUUCGAUAUCCAGAAGCUGAAUCGCAUGUACGAUUGUGGAACCGCCAACGCUGCUCCAGUUUCCCCGGCAUUACCCGCUCCUGGUGCUGCUCCUGGCGCCGCUGCUGGCAGUGGCAAUCCCAUCGUCGAUAGCUUCCUUGGCGGCCUGAUCAGCGGAUUGGGCUUGGGCGAUGAGAAGAAGGAGACCAGUUCCUAGAGGGAACUAAUCCGUAGAAUCUACUAGCUUGUACCAUCACCAACGCUCGAAAGUAUUUAACGCAUUCCACAUACCAAAA